UUUGUGCAGCCGUUGGAUCUGGUGAAGAAUCGCAUGCAGCUGAGCGGUUUAUCGGGUAAAAAGGAGUUUCGAUCAAGUUUUCAUGCACUGAGAUCGAUCAUAGCGAACGAGGGAUUCCUCGCUAUUUACAACGGCCUUUCGGCCGGCCUUCUUCGUCAAGCCACAUACACAACAACACGACUGGGCAUCUACACAUGGCUGUUCGAGCAUUUCACAACAGGCGAAAAAGCACCAACAUUUGCAACGAAAGCUGGCAUUGGUCUAGCAGCCGGUGCAGCAGGUUCACUGCCACCCGAUCAGCAGCGCAAAUACAAAAAUGUUUUUGAUGCGCUAAUACGUGUGGUCAAAGAAGAAGGAGCCGAAAUAAGGCAUGAAAGAUUGUUACAGGGUUGCGGACCUACCGUUCUUCGAGCAAUGGUUGUGAAUGCUGCCCAGCUGGCAACCUAUUCACAAUCAAAAGAAGCUCUU